CUCACCGCUAUGGGCCGCAAGAAGAAGAAGCAGCGAGAUGGCGACGAUCGGCGGCCUCGACUCGUUCUCAGCUUCAAUGAGGAUAAGAGGCGAGAGUACCUGACAGGCUUCCACAAGCGGAAGGUGGAGCGGAAGAAGGCAGCUAUUCAGGAACUGAAGCAGCGGCUGAAGGAAGAGCAGAGGAAGCUCCGGGAGGAGCGCCACCAGGAGUACUUGAAGAUGCUAGCCGAGAGAGAGGAAGCUCUGGAGGAGGCCGACGAACUGGACCGACUGGUGACGGCAAAGACAGAGUCAGUGCUGUACGACCACCCCAACCACACGGUCACGGUGACCACCAUCAGCAACCUGGACCUCUCAGGGGCUCGGCUGCUUGGGCUGCCCCCACCUGAGCAAGGGGCCCAAGCCGAAGAGGAGGGGUCCGGCGUGGAGAAGCCCACCAAAGCCUUACCCAGGAAAUCCAAAGACCCCCUGCUGUCCCAGCGGUGA